AUUAUAAAUCAGCUGAGGUUUUUAAAUCUUUCAGGUAAUAAUGAAAUGCUCGAACUUAUUAAACCUACCCGACGAAAUUAUCAUAGAUAUCCUUCAACUUUUAAGCUGGCAUGAUCUUGUUAAAUGUAGCCUAACAUGUUCCAAAUUUAAUUAUUUAUGCCAAAAUAAUUCACUGUGGAAACAUAUUACGUGGUAUUAUUGGCUUGAGAACAUAUGCCCACAUGGCUUAUCCUGGUAUGAAUAUUUCUAUAAACUUAAAAAAGAUUGGGGUAAAUAUAUGCAUUGUUACAAAGAAAUUAAAACAGCUUGGAUUUCAAUUGAAUUAUUCUUAAAAGACAAUACUACAACCAUAUAUGACUCCUUAAAACCGGGCCUCCUCGAAGAAGAUUUGGAGCGAAUCGAAAAUGCGAUUGGUUAUAACUUACCCUUAGAUUUUAGAUGUUCUUACAGGAUAAGAAACGGACAAAGAUUGAACGCCCCAGGAAUUUUGGGAUCCAUGGAAAUAGGUACUCAUUAUAUUUCUGAAGCUCUUCUCGACCUGGAAACCCUCAUCCAGCCUGCGAUAUGGGCUAGAUCAAGCCUAAAAGGAUGCCUUCCCGUAACUGUAUGCGUGAGCACGGGUGUUAGUCAAUACAUGGCCCUCUCUUCGGAAGAUGGUCACAUACCGGGCUCCUUAUUUUAUCCUGUCGACGAUAGACGUAUCUCUAACUUAAGCGGUGAUAAAGAUGUUUUUCUGACAGCGAUAAACUUCCAAGACUGGCUCACGGCUCAUGCCGAUAAAUUGAAACGUUCCCAAUAUCCUAUCAUCAAGAAUGAAAUUUACAGGUUCCUUCCUGACCCACUUAAUACAACAUCGACGACGAACCAUAUAAAGGUCAGCGUGGCGACUUGUUUCUGCCCCGAAUUGAGUUCCGUUAACCCCCCGCGAUUCUUUUACACAUAUAGAAUCACCAUGACGAUGGAUUCUAACGCUCCCAAAAAUGACAUGUACAGAUUGAGCUCUAGGCAUUGGCUUAUUACUGACUCAGAGGGCCGCGAAGAGAGGGUAGAUGGGCCUGGCGUUGUAGGUGAAUACCCUUUGAUGUUUGCUGGCACCACAUAUUCCUGGGUGAGUUGCACAACCUUUAAAACUAGGGUUGGCUACAUGCAAGGUUAUUUCUCUAUGGUCAAGUUAAACGAAUCAAAUAAUUUCGCUCACGGAUUCAGUAUAAAUCAGCUGAUCGAAAAUAAAAAUUCGGUAUUUAAGGUGACCUGCCCUAAAUUCAGAAUGGUUUGCUCACUUUCCAUAACGGCGGGACAAAGGCGAGUCGGAAUUACCAACCUUAGCAUCAUCGGGAACACUGAUAAUGACGGAGAUAGCGAUAUGGAUGAUGCUAUUGGUUUCCAAUAUGAUUACGAUGAUAACAAUUAAUGAAUAGAUAAAAUCGGAAGAAAAAAGCAAGAUGGUAGAUAAUGAUAGUUCGCAAUCAUCUCAACAAAAUACAUAAUACAUAUUGAAGUCAUCAAAAAUAUUUAUUAGAAAUUAAAACAUCUAAAUUAGAUCAGUUUAUUUAUAAAAAUAGAAAAUGUUUCUUUUAUUCGCUUCCUUUAUAAAAAAAAAUAUUUUAAAAUUCUGUAAAUCCGUUGUAAAUAUUUAUCCUAAUUUCAAAUAAGAGAGUUUAAUCUCUAUUCUUUAAUGCUAACAUUUUUUUUGUCCUUCCCAAUUCGGCCAAAUUCGCCGCCGAGGUUUUUGAAAUAUUUUUUUAAAAUUUCUUUAUCAAACAAAAUAUUGAAACAAAACAUUCCUAUAGUAUUUUAUUUAUCUUAUCUAACAUUGAUAUUCUAUAUAUUGUAUAAUGCACUAUUGCAACCUAUGGAAAAUCAGUCAGAUUCUAUCGAGUAAAUGGGCUUAGAUUUUAUUUUAAAAUUAGCCAAUCAGGAAUCGUUUGAUCAUGGCCAAGUACCUUAUCGUUUAUGAUAUUAUAAUAUAAAUUAUAUUUAUGAAAAACUUAAAAUAUAAUAUUUAUUGGAAAACUUAUACUAUUAU